AAUGGUUGUAAUAAACCCGUGCAGCCUGUACGUCAUUAUUAAAUUCAAUUCGACAUAUUAAAAUUCAGGUGCGUGUUGUACGUAUUAACAUUGCGGUUGUAGAUGAAUUGAAUUUUCGACAAAUAGUGUUCGUUCAUCAAGGAAAUGUGAAGAAGCAACGAGGUGUUAGUUAAAGCCACUCCGUUCCAAUUUAUACGAAGGUUGACCCAUUUAGGGAGUCAAACAAAAUAACUCUUUGUUUGACUAAGAUUAUCUCCAACUCUUCGUAAAUAUUGGGAAUUACUUAAUUACUAAAGUACUCGAAGAAUCUAUGUUUGAAAUUCCCAAAUAAGUCAACCCUCGUAUAAAUUAGGUCUGAGAUUAUAACUUUUUCCUGCAGAGAUGUGAGGGGUGGAAUAUCUUGUGAAGACUCGAGGUUAAGCUGUUUUAUCACGUGAAUGCUUUUAAGAUUCAUGUAGCAGAGAAAACAACCUAACACCGCUCCCUAUUUACUUCAUUCACGCCUUGCAUGUCUUACUUUAUCAACUUUGUUUUCUAGUCACUUGAAUUAUUUAUUCAUACUAAAACAUAGUCACCCCACAUAUGUUGUUAGUCUGAUGAAAAAAUCCCUUGGGAUAAUAUGAAGGACUUAUCUUUCUUUCAGUUGAAAAAUAUGAUGGGAGCUAAGAUGAGGAAAGGCUUUAAAAACUUCUGUAAUAACGAUACCUCUACUUCCACACUCAAUCAUCAAACCCGUCCCGUCUCAUCUCCUUAUAUUAUGGACACUAGUGCCACUCUACGGGGGACUAGUGAUCUACGGGUAAACGAAAGGGAAAGCCCGACAACGUUGGAGGAGAUGUUGCUCCAAUUAGACAUGGAGGAGAAAAUGGCAAGAAGAGAAAAACUGAACGAAUAUGAGCCGCAUGUCCGACAUAGAAUGUCAUGUGUCAACAGUUCUGACAUUCUACGAACAGCAAGGAAUGCGUUAAACCAGUAUCCUCGAUUCUCUCUUGAUGGCAAAGAUGCCAUGUACAGGUCUUCUUUCCGCGACAUGUCUCCUUUAGUAAGCACAAGUACUGUUGGUGCAAGAAAAUCAGUAUGCUGUAACCGCGAGCUGAGGAACAUGAAAACUCAAACUCAGAACAUGCCAUCGAUGAUAGCAGGAGAGAGAGUGAUUUGGUGUAAACCGGGAGUAGUAGCAAAGCUAAUGGGACUUGAGGCCAUGCCAAUGUCAAUGCGGAGAAAGUAUAACAAGGAUAGUACAGUGAGUGCAAUUAUCAAAAGGCAAAACUUGAGGAAAAAAGCAGAAAGGUAUGAGAUGGAGCAUAAGAGAUCAAGAGGAAGGGGAACGGGCUGUGGUGGGCGCAACUCUAGAGAGAUGAAUGAGAAUAUGACGAGCUCUUGUUCAAGAAAUGGAUACUGUGUAAUGAAGCCCGUGGCAGUGGAGGAUUACCAAGAAGUAGGCUGGCCAAUGCGAGGCGGGGUUUUGUACAGAAAUAACGAUGCCAUGUAAGAUAAAAAUGUCAAAAAAACAUAUACAAGAGGACUAUCCUUUCUGUGGGUCAAUUAAUUUGAUCGUAUCUUUAUGUUUUUCUAAAUAAUUGGAUACAGGAAUAUAUGUGUAUAAACUUUCAUAUGGGGAUCCAGAGUUAUGUACCUGAACAAGUUUUAAACUGGAAGUAGCGACGUAGCAAAAUUGUGUGAGGUCUAAUUAGUAAAGACCUCUUAAUAAAGCUUCUGAUUUCAUACUACUAUCCUGAACAGAUAAAAGAGCAAUUGCAUGCCUUGAUCAUAUUAUUCAUAUCACUAAGGGAGAAUCGUCAAUCUAUGUCGAAAUCUUUAGGACAGAUUAGACGAAAGUUUCCCCAACCCCAGAAAUCAGGAACAAAAAAACACCGCAGCAGAAAAAACAAGACCAGUAUUUCGGAGAAAGAAAUUUUGAAGCACCAUAGCACGUUCAAAGACCAUGGUCAAGAAGUUAACUAAUCUAUGCAUCACCUCGUCAUAUAUAAUUUGAAAUGUGUUGUGAAUAAAGAUUUCUCGAUCAUCUAUGUACCAGAAAAAAAAAAUAGAAAGAACAAACUGAUAUCUUUUCCUUUAGUUGGUUCUGGGGAAACUACUAAGUGAAUGAAUUUCAAUACUUCAAUGUCCAAACAUGUCUUCUUAUUAUUCGUUCUCCUAGAGAUAUCUCAAAAUCCUGAACAACAGUACUUAAAUCAGAUAACUAGGAAAAGUAGGGAUAAAGGGGUUAACAAUAAGGAAAAAUAAAUAGUACUAAUUAAGUAAAACAGCAGAUUUAGCGUGAGAAAUGGUCACAAGACAUUGAUUAGCUAGGCCUCCUAAUUAUUAAGCGUACGAUAACUACAAAUACUCACUUUUCCAGUUGACUAGUGAGGAAAAAGCAUGAAAAAAACCAAAAAGUCUUAAUUUACUUUGGCAUAAACAAGGGAACAACUAGGUGAAAAUGGACAUAUAAAAUAUGUGACAGAUGUUACAGCUAGCAACUUAAAGACAAUAGAAGUUUCCUUGAUUAGUAAAAAUCAGGCUCAUAGCCCUCGUUUUCCUUGUUAUUGCACUCGUCAGUAUACUUGCAGAAUGUAACUCUGAAGGCUAAGUACUAUAUGUCCAUUUUUCAAAUUAAAGCUCUUUCAUUCCCUUCUUCAACAGUUCCUAAUUUGUAUAUAUACAUAACAGGCUCUUAUUCUAAUCAAUGUUAUCCUGUCUGUGUUGAACUAGAUGCUCUUGAUGCAUUUAGAACCGAACUUGCAGAUCUAAACAAUGUAAUGCAGCGCUGGAAUCCGGAAUCAAUCAAUCCUUGUACCUGGUUGUAUGUCACUUGCCAUUCACGUAAUUCUGUGACACGACUGUAGGUCACCAUUUUAUUUUAUUAUUAUAAGAGAUUGGAUAUAUAUUCAUCAUUGUAGGAAAAUUACAUUUUUAGACCGUUAAAAAGAAUAAUAGCUAGCAAAUGUAUAUGUUUUGUAUAUGAAGUAUAAAAAUACAUAUAAUAUACAUAUUGUAUACAUGAAUAUACAUGUAAUAUACACAAUCAGGGUAUAAGGAAUGUAUAAUUUGGCUAGCAUCCGUACUUAGUUUCGGUCGAUGGGCUAAAAAAAAUAAUCCCUUGAUUGUAUUCUAAAUCUUAUGUAUCCUACAAUACAAAUGAAGGGACCUAGGUGGUGCUGGACUCUCUGGAUCUCUUGUGCCUCAGCUGGCGAAUCUAACUAAUCUCCAAUACUUGUAAGAUCAAGUAUUUAGCCACAUAGUAUGUGUUAUGAUGAAUCCGUGCGUUCAAUUUCUGUUUUAACUUGUAAUAAAAAAAAAUGGCAGAGAAUUGUCUAAUAAUUCAAUCAGUGGAGAAAUUCCAAGUGCAUUAGGGAAAUUGACAAGGCUGGUGAGCUUGGGGCUGGCUAACAAUCAAUUGACCGGUUCGAUUUCAGCAUCUUUUGGAAAUUCAAAAUCCUUGCGGUGGAUGUAAGCUAUUCCUUUCAUUUAUAAUACGAA